CGAACCCGUCCAUCUCCUAUAAUUCCUUCCUCAACUAUUUUUGCAGCCAUGACAGACACAGCUACUGCUGCCACCAUCCCGGUCACAAAGACCGUCCGCCGCCGCUGCAAAGAAGCCGGCGCGGACCGGCCGCGGGGCCAAACCCCAUGUGCCCAGUGCCUGCACAAAUUGCAAAAAGGCACACCUCGCCUGUGAUCUCCAGCGGCCGUGCCGCCGGUGCGUCAACAUGGGCAAGUGCGACACAUGCAAGGACGUCCAGCACAAGAAGCGCGGGCGCCCCCGCUCGAAGGAUAAGAAGAUUGCAGCUGCCGGCACCGAGAAGUCGCUGAUGGAGACACAGAUGUUCCAGUUCUCGUUCACCACCACAGCACCGCCAUCGCCCACAGCCACGGCUAUUUCUGCCCCGCCCGCGGUCACAUGUGCGAUGCAAUCCAGCGUAAAUCUCGUCCAGUCCCAGCCGGCUUCGCCCGCCACUGCGUCUGCCAGCCCCGUCCUGACAGCGCCAGCGGCCCCACGGCAGUCACAGCACAAUGCCGCACGCACCACCAUCGAUAACACCCACGCUUCCCGCCCCGAACAAUCCCCCACCGACAAUGCCCGCUCGGUCACCGAAGAGUCCACAAACAGCUCGACAUCCUACCUGUUCCUGACCCCCAGCCUCCUGUGCCUGCGACUCGAGGAGCUGGCGUCCGCCGGUGUGAGCCGCGCCCUGUUGGGCCACAGCCUGCUGAGCCUCAUCAACCGCAGCAUCAUCGACUUUAUCAGCCCGCACGACGUGCCGCAGGUGCAGGGUGCCUUCGCCUCCAUGAAGCAGCGCCUGCUGUCGCGCCUGGGGCAGCCAGCGCGCUCCUACACUCCGAUGCUUGGCCACUCGCGCACAGUCGAUCCCAACACUUUCCAGGCACUGCCUGUCGACCGCCUCCUGCAGCGCGUGUGCAGCGAUGUCUCGGCAAACGUGCGCGCGCACCUGCGCACCGCCACUGGCUGCUACGACCUUUUCGACAUCCACGUGUAUGUCGGCGCUGUUGGCUCCUCAUCGCAGCUGUCGCUCGACGACGUCUACUUUGUCUGCCGCAUCAGCAAGUUUGACGCCCUGAGCUGUGCCCCGCGCCUCUCCAACUCGCUGCUGCCGCGCAUCGCCAUGCCCACCGGCUUCAGCCCUGUCGACUCCAUUUCCGAGAUCGACGAGCGUCCCACCAAGCGCCAGCGCGUUGCGAGCCCUUCCGAUGCCCUGUACAUGCUGGCUACGGUCACCGACAGCGACGCCAGCUCCAACGGCAACUCGCCGCGGUCCACGCCGGUCCACUCAACCUCAGCCUCGUCGCCGGUGCUGGCGUCGCCGUCGCCGAUGGCCCGGUCGCCGCACAUGACCAACUCGUUGCCGCCGCUCUCCGACCUGCUCAAAUCAAUGGACAAGCAGCUCCUCCCGCGCCCGCACUUCUAACUUUCCUCCACAUUACUCGUUGCAUUCCUCCCUUUCUCUAUAUUUGUUUAUCUGUAUUUUGUAUAAAUAUUCCAUGCUACC